AUGGAGCAAAGAGUCCAGCUCCGUAGUGGUAGCACAAUGGAAGCUAUUCCCAGUCAGGGAGAUGUAGACAGAGAACAGGUUUUAGAGCCGUUUGAUAUUGAAAACGAGACCAGGAAGGAGACAAACCGCUCCAGCGGUUUUGAUGCUGGUUACAGUUCCGGUGAUAACCUCGAAACAUUGCCUAAAGCGUCAAAAGAGGCUAUCUCUCCUGCUGACGUGCUAAAAACACUCUUCUUUAUACUUGUAUGGUACACUUUCAGCACAUUUCUGACUCUGUACAACAAAACUCUCUUAGGAGAUGAUUUGGGGAAAUUCCCUGCUCCCUUGUUAAUGAAUACCAUUCACUUUUCUAUGCAAGCUUUUUUAUCAAAAAUGAUAACAUGGUAUUGGUCGGGAAGAUUUCAACCUGAUGUUACCAUUUCCUGGAGAGACUAUUUUAUUAGAGUUGUACCAACAGCACUUGGAACUGCUAUGGAUAUAAACCUAAGUAAUGAGUCACUUGUCUUCAUAUCGGUUACGUUUGCAACGAUGUGCAAAUCUGCAGCCCCAAUUUUUCUUCUUCUGUUUGCUUUCGCCUUCAGGCUGGAGUCUCCAAGCCUGAAACUUUUUGGCAUUAUUUCAGUUAUCUCAGCAGGAGUGUUGUUAACAGUUGCAAAGGAGACAGAAUUUGAGUUUUGGGGUUUCGUUUUUGUCAUGCUUGCUGCUGUCAUGUCUGGUUUUCGCUGGUGUAUGACACAAGUUCUUUUACAGAAAGAUUCCUAUGGCCUGAAAAAUCCGUUCGUAUUUAUGAGCUACGUGGCACCGGUGAUGGCUAUUGUGACUGGUCUUCUUUCUCUACUUCUGGAUCCAUGGAGUGAAUUUAGAGACAACAAAUACUUUGAUAGUGGAGCGCAUUUUUCUCGGACUUGUUUCUUGAUGCUUUUUGGUGGAGCACUGGCUUUUUGUAUGGUUUUGACAGAGUAUGUUCUUGUUUCCGUGACCAGUGCUGUAACCGUCACAAUAGCGGGCGUUGUUAAAGAGGCUGUCACCAUAGUGGUUGCAGUGUUUUAUUUCCAUGACGAAUUUACGUGGCUGAAAGGUGUUGGUCUGAUGAUUAUCAUGUUUGGUGUCAGUUUGUUCAACUGGUACAAAUAUGAUAAACUACAAAAGGGGCACAAAGCAGAGGGUGAGAAGCAGUUAGAAGCUCCUAGCCAAACUGGAAAAUACGUGAUUCUUGAUGAGAUGGAUGAUCAAGAAAAUGGGCACUAA